AUGAAUGAUCUUAUUAUAGCUCAUCUAACUGAAUCUGUCACUGUGAAUGAACUUAAACUGUUCACUAGACUCUUCUACAGGUCAAAAAUAGCCUCAAGAUCAGACCUUUUAUUCAUACUCCCAUCAAAGUCCAUUCCUUUUGAAAAAGCAGUUGCUGAAGAACACAACUCAUUCUUGAAAAUCCUUUAUAGCUACCAAAAGAGCAACUCAACAUCCGAUUUCGACACGACCCAAUUCAAGAUAUCCAACAAGAAAGCAAAUGAAAGUGCAGAGCCCAUCUGGGGUCGCAAAAUUCGCAGUAAUUUCAGUCAGUUUGAUCACAAUACUGAGUCAACUCGGUUGAGUUACGGCUCGGUUGUUGGAUUCUAUGCUGAUGAACUUGACCCGGAAAAUUCCCUAACCGGGUUCUUGGACCGUGUACCAAUGAGUUUAAGAAGAUGGGCUUGUUAUCCAAUGCUAUUGGGUCGAAUCAGAAGAAAUUUCAAGCAUAUAAUGCUAGUAGAUUUGAAGGAAAUAUUACUACUCGGCGACUCACUGAGUCGAGUCAAGAAUUUGGGUCUAGACUCGGUUCUUGUUUCAACAAUAACUCAGUCUACUGUAGUAUCCAAGCAUGGAAGAAAAAAAUUGGAAAAAAUUCAGGCCAAUGGUAAAAAACAAGCCAGUCCAGCAAUAAUUGUGGGAGGAGCAAGAGGCGUUCGACGAUUAUCAAAUGCUAUGUUAACAGAAAUUGUACGAGAACCAUUGGAACGUAAGAAGAAGAACUCGGUUACUGAGUCAGUUCUGCUUAAUCAACUCGUUGGAAAUGAGUUUAUACUGAAGAAUGUGGAGUUGAUUUUUGGCGAGUCAAUUGCUGAACUGAGUUCACUCACUGAGUUGGAUAAAAAUUCAGAUUCUUCAUUAAUGUUUGUGUCAAAAUUUUCAAUAGUUAGGCGAGGAAAUAAUAAUGUGGAUGUUAGUUCUUUUUUUAAAAAGUAUUUGUGUUCAUUUCCUUUGGAUUCCACAGCUUACGGUGAUUGUUAG